CCCGGACCUUCUCGCGCUUCCUGUUGCAGUAAUCCCACCGACAAGUUUGACGACGGGAUCGGCCAAGUCUCCCGAACCAGCUUCGGACGAAUGCUGGUCAUCCGAAGGCCAAGAUGAUCAUCGAUGCGGGUAGUCCGCUGCCCAGACCAUGGGGCCGGUAACUCGGGACGAAGGCGGGUGGGUGUGGAUAGCGACUUGUAACCUUGUGUAGGGAUAUAAAGGUUAUGGCCGGCGACAACCAGUGCCCAUGCUAUCCCAGCUCUCUAGUUUCGACGGCAGAACGAAUCGUCAAACUGCCAUACUGUGGUUUAAAACGUUGAAUCAACUCCUAGUUGGACCAGCGUCAGUAGCAGGCACAUAAUGAAGACCUUCGCGACGCUUCUGGCCGCUGUGGGCAUGGUUGCUGCCCACGGCUAUGUCGACAAUGCAACUAUCGGCGGGCAAUUCUAUCAGUUCUACCAGCCCUACAUGGACCCGUACAUGGGAACCAAGCCCGAUCGGAUCUCGCGCUCCAUCCCGGGCAACGGCCCCGUGGAAGAUGUCACCUCCAUCGAUGUCCAAUGCAACGCCGGGGCAACCCCAGCCAAGCUCCAUGCCACCGCCGCCGCCGGGUCGACCGUGACCCUGCGGUGGACGCUCUGGCCGGACUCCCAUGUAGGCCCCAUGAUCACCUACAUGGCCCGGUGCCCGGACACCGGCUGCCAAAACUGGAGCCCUGGAACAUCCCCCGUCUGGUUCAAGGUCAAGGAAGGCGGUCGCCAGGGGACUACGAACGUUUGGGCCGCUACUCCUCAGAUGAAAGCCCCAACCUCCUAUGAGUACACCAUCCCCUCGUGCUUGAAGAAGGGCUUCUACCUCGUCCGCCACGAGAUCAUUGCUCUGCACUCGGCUUGGCAGUACCCCGGCGCUCAAUUCUACCCCGGCUGCCACCAGCUGAAUGUGACGGGCGGCGGAUCGACCGUGCCAUCAGCAUUGGUUGCUUUCCCGGGCGCGUACAAGGGAUCUGAUCCCGGGAUUACCUAUGACGCCUAUAAGGCCCAAACGUACACCAUCCCGGGACCGGCGGUGUUUACCUGCUAAUGG